AUGCGACAUCUCACCUCUAUUCCAAUACCAAGAGUCGCUGCUUGGCUCCUCGUGUUUGGAACUUGCCUUUUAGUUUUCACCUUUAGCCAGCUACCAACACAUCUGGUACAGCGAAGCUUCCAUCUCGUAACAUUUUCGGUGGAUGGCCCUGGCUCCGUCAAUUCGGUCCCGCAGAGUACACACAAUGUUCUUGACAUACUUCGGGCCCUAUAUCAGUCUUCCGUAGUCGAUAUCGAUGCCUCAAGCUUUAUUGAUCUCUCGGGCGAACGUCACAAUCUGUCCACAUCUGAACCGCUACGAUUUACAUCACGACUCGGAAAGAGGCUGCUCAUACUUGAUGUCGAUACUCGACCGCUCGAUGGAGAAGGCCAAGUGUUCUCUACAGACGCUCCUAGAUGGGAUAACCUACAUUAUCUCUCUGCAGGAAUCUUGUCGCAUCAACUCUUCGCACUAAUUCACGGAUACGACUAUAGGUUCAUCCGUGCAAAAUCAUGGGAGGGUCACUACGGAACCUGGGGUAAGAUCGCUGCGACGGCCAGUAUGUUGAGUUCGUACGACUGGAUCGUAACGUUGGAUGCGGAUGUGGCAUUUGUGCAUCCUCACCUUCCGCUGGAAUGGCUGUUCAACUACUGGAACAUCACUGAAGCGACUGCGCUCGCCACCGCUCUAGAUCCGGCCGCAGGAGCAAAUUUCGAUUCGAAACACCGUGUGCUGCCGAAUACAGGGUUCAUGAUUACGCAGCCCGCGGCUCCACACGCGAAAGAUAUAUACGACGCGUGGAGUGAGUGUACGAAAGGCGAACGAUAUCCAGGGUGCGAGAAAUGGAAGCUACAGUAUUUCCAUGAACAGUCCGCACUAGGAGAGUUCAUUCGAUAUGAGUUCGGGGAGAACAUCAAAGAGCUGCCAUGUCGAGAUGCGAACGGUUGUCCUGAGGUAAACAUCCCCGAAUGUACCGGACAGUUCCUACGACACUACUGGUCAUUGAAGCACAUGGCCAAAGAGCAAUUUGCAUCCACGUUGAUGCAGGGAGUGAUGCCACAUCUGUGGGACCAGUGGAAGGUCAAUGUCGAGGUGAUGGACAACCUUACUGUGGCGUGA